CGCCAUGUUUACGCAGACCGCAGUCAGUCUUGUGUCGCAAUACAGUGAAGUUGUUUGAAUUCUUGUGUGUAGAAUAAAAAACAUAUUUGAAACGUUCAUAUAAUAAAAAGUGCAACAUGUCAGAUGAAAUGCAAGAAAACGGAACUAUUAAUGGUGAAGUGCCAGAAAUUGAACUUAUCAUUAAGGCAUCCACCAUAGAUGGUCGACGUAAAGGAGCUUGUUUAUUUUGUCAAGAAUAUUUUAUGGAUUUGUACCUGCUAGCAGAACUUAAAACUAUCAGUUUAAAGGUUACAACAGUAGACAUGCAAAAACCUCCACCGGAUUUCCGUACAAAUUUUGAAGCGACGCCGCCGCCAAUUCUAAUCGACAAUGGCCUGGCCGUGCUAGAAAACGACAAAAUCGAACGUCACAUCAUGAAGAGUGUCCCUGGAGGACACAAUCUUUUUGUUCAGGAUAAAGAAGUGGCAACACUCAUCGAGAAUUUGUACUCUAAAUUGAAGUUGGUUUUAGUCAAAAAGGAUGACGUAAAAAGCAAUAGUCUGCUGAGCCACCUGAGGAAAAUCAACGACCAUUUGGCGCGGCGCGGCACGAGAUUCCUAACGGGCGACACCAUGUGCUGCUUCGACUGCGAACUGAUGCCCAGGUUACAACACAUCAGGGUCGCCGCCAAGUAUUUCGUCGAAUUUGAAAUUCCGAGCAAUCUAACCGCCUUAUGGCGUUAUAUGUAUCACAUGUACCAGUUGGACGCAUUCACCCAGUCGUGCCCAGCCGACCAAGAUAUCAUCAACCACUAUAAACUGCAACAGAGGAUCAGCAAUAACCAGAUGAUGAAAAUGAAGAAGCACGAGGAGCUAGAAACGCCAACGUUCACCACAUCGAUUCCAGUCGACGUUUCAGGCUGAUAGGAAAGAAGUAUUUAAAACAAAAUUAGUAAUUUGGAUAAUACUAAACAUGAUUAUCUGUAUAUGUUACCGUUCCAAAUAAAUUAUUCAUAUUAAAAUACGAUUAGUAAGCGUUAUGAUGUAUCCAAAGUUCGAUUACCAUUUUUACAAAUGCCAUCAGUUAGGAAUCUUUUCUUUGCUUAAUACACCAAGAGUUUCAUUAUAAUUAUAACGUACUAUAAUAUAUUUCGCAAUUGCAAUUGGCAUAUCGUUCAAUAUUAAUAUUACAAAGCUGCCAGUGAUACGUCAAUCAUAUUUUUGAACAUAUUUUAUCUUAUGUUUCAGUAAUUCUGUAAGAAUUUUUAGAUGCUUAUGUAUAAAUUGGUGAUAUAGCAUAAAUAACAUAUACGAAUUUGUAUAUUUUGAAGUACUAUCUGUGUAAACUAUCCAAAACUAACAUUCAAAAUUUGUUUUUUGAAAAAAAUUAUCUUACAAUAUGUGUACUAUAAUAUAAUGUAUUUAGUAUUAAAUGUUUGAGAAACUAAUUUAGUUAAGUUGUAUACAAUAAAUUAUAAUCGUGUUAUAUUAUGUUUAUAUUUACAAAUUUUCGUGAUGGAGUUU